AACAGUAUGCGAUAGAAAAUCAUCUAUUCGAGGAAGUACGGUAGCUGCUGGGAAGAGCGGUUUGCACAACAAGAUUGAAAAAACGAUACGCCGGCGAUUUGGACUCGGUAGUGGAUACGGUUGUCAGAGUUCAGAAUGGCAGCAACAAGAAAAAAGAAUUAGGGAAACUCCCAUUCAUUAGUUGGAAUAAAAUAAAAUAAAUACAAAAUGGUUAAGGAAAAUAAUGGAACUAGUGGAAAAGAGCCAGGCGUUCACUACAAGCCUUCGGAUCCUGAGGCAGUACAGGUUACGGUAGAUUCAGCCCCAUCCAGCUCGCCAUCCAGACGUUACUCGCAGAAUGGUUUCCUUGACCUUCCUAUACUGUUUGAACGAGCUGGAAGCUGGUGGCCAAAUCCAAAGUUUGAUUCAGAAAUUUUGGAAAAGGAACAAUGGAAGAAUUACUUUCCACAGACAAGGAGACGAUUUCAGUAUGCACUAUUUUACAUCUUAGCUGCAUGUAUUGCAUGGACUGUUUAUUUUGGAGCAACUAAACAGUAUGCACGUCACUGGCCAUACUUUUUAGCUGGUACUCUAGUUCUGUUAUGCCUUAUUGGGGCUAUUAUAGGAUUUACAUAUACAAGACAUUAUAAAAGAUUUUAUCUUCUCUCAUCAGUGUUUGUUUCUGUAUUGAUAUGUGGUGGAAUACUUUUAACAUUGAUAUACAUGGAGUCUGACUUGUCAACCAUUGGAGCGUUCACAUCCACAGUAGAAGUUCUCCUAAUGAUGUACAGUGUCAUUCCAAUGCCUCUGUAUAUGACCGUGAUGAUUGGGGGCAUUUAUUCUAUUUUGUUUGAAGUUUUGACGGCUCUACAAAACCAUUAUAUGCAAGGGCCACUUUUUAUAGCAGGGAAGGUCCUCCUACAUUUAUGCAUUCACUUGAUGGGUAUCCACAUCUUCACAAUGAGACAGGUUCGUCAAAGGAGUACAUUCUGGAAGAUAGGACAGUCAACCAUUGCUCGGAAAGAUCUACAAGUUGAGAAACAAAUCAAGGAGAAGAUGAUUCAUUCUUUGAUGCCGCCGAAAGUUGCCCAAGAAGUAAUGGCAAGCAGAGCAGAUAAGGAUGACGAAGACGUUCCAAAAAAACGAGGCUCUAAAACAAAGGCUUUGAAAAAGGGAGAAAUUAUUUUCCGAACAUUUAAUAUGAAUAGAAUGGAAAAUGUCAGCAUUCUGUUUGCUGAUAUAGUUGGCUUCACAAAGAUGAGUUCCAACAAAACUGCUGAAGUUCUUGUAGGUCAGCUGAAUGAUUUGUUUGGAAGAUUUGAUGAUCUUUGUGCGAAGUCAGGCUGUGAGAAAAUUAGUACCCUCGGAGAUUGUUACUACUGCGUGUCUGGUUGUCCUGAACCAAGGCCUGAUCAUGCCAAGUGUUGUGUGGAAAUGGGACUUGGUAUGAUUGAAGCAAUUAUUAAGUUUGAUGAGGAUAACAAUGAACAAGUUGAUAUGAGAGUAGGGGUUCACACUGGCACUGUACUUUGCGGUAUUGUAGGCACCCGUAGAUUCAAGUUUGAUGUAUGGUCAAAUGAUGUGUUACUGGCCAAUAUUAUGGAGUCUAGUGGGCAGCCAGGACGAGUUCAUAUAUCAGAAACAUCCUAUCAUUUCCUCAAAGAUGUCUAUGAAGUGGAAGAGGGAGAAGAUGUUGAAGACAACCGUUCAGAGAAGAAGCUUGUUGAAGCUUAUGAUACAAAAACCUCACAGUAUGCUGUGAAACAUGCGACAUGGGAUAAAAUGAUUAAGACAUAUUUCAUCACUGGCAAGAAGAAGAAAGAGGGGGCAGAAAAUGAUGCUGAUUUAUCACCAAAGUCAGAAACUGCUGCCGUGACGAUGGAUGGUGAUGCUUCCGGUCUUGCAACAGAAUCAGAUACACUGAUGAAUGAUACUGCACCAGAGGGAACUGAUGCGAAUGGCGGACCAACGACAGCCAUGUUAGUGAGCUCUCAUCUCAACAACUCUCUCGCUAAACUUGAUGAAAAAGAUGAGGAUUUUGAUCCGACAUUGGAACCAAUCAACAAAACUUGGACAAAGAUCCGUAACAUCAACUAUCACACAGAUAUGCACAUUGUGAAGAGCAUUCAAGAAGGUGUUGAAAACAAGGAGUACUUCUUCAGGCCCCCGAUAAACCCAUGUACACUUACGUUCACGGAGAGCAACAUUGAGGAGAAUUAUCGUGACCACUAUAUGGAGGAUCAACAUAAUCAGCAUACACUGUCUGCACCGAAAUAUCACUCAUUCCUUGAGAUUUUAGUUUCAUUUCUUGUGUUUGCCAUCGUUUCAAUUUUCUGCUUUGUCGUAUUUGACCGUCAACUCCCGUGGCUUAUUUUCUUUGCUGUCUCAUUCGUCCUGGAGAUACUGAAUCUUAUACGUGGCGCCCUGACAAUCAAGUAUUCGGAGAACAAAGAUGGCGGUGCCUGGUUGAAAAUGAUCCACAUCACUUCUGGUUGGUAUUUUAGGAAUUUUAUUGGAGCGUUAGUGGCAAGUUUACCCUUACUUGGAGUAUUCAGCAACUUCUCUUGCUUCUUGAUGAAUUCUGUAGACUGGAAUGACAGGUUCUUUUGUUUUUGCAUCGUUGUCUCAUUGUUGCACUACACAAACUUCACAACAUUGAGCUCGUGGCUGAAGUCAUUGCUCGUGUUCCUGGCAAGCGUGGUGCUCAUCAUUCUGAUCGCCGUCGUCAAAUGUAUCGACAAUGUGGCAGACAUGACGACAACUUCACCCGCAAAUGUUACAACACUGAUGUACUCUAACAGUUCUAUACAAGACAUUACCGUAAUGUCAAACGACACUGUAAUUGACAAGGAGUAUAUUCCAUUGUUUUCAAAUGUGCACAUUUUACAAUUUGAAAUCAUACUAGACAUGUUGUUAUUGGUUGUGUUGAUAGGAUUUUUAAAUCGUGAAUCUGAAAUCAGUUACCGUUUGAAUUAUCACGGAGAUGCACAAGCUUGGCAGUAUAAACAGAUAAUGCAGGAAAAUAAAGAUCAAGCUGACUGGCUAUUGCACAAUAUUAUUCCUGCUCACAUCUCAGAAGUUGUACGAACAACCUCAAAAUACUCCAAAAACCACAAAGACGUUGGUGUUAUAUUUGCAGCCAUUGUUAAUUUCAAUGAAAUUUAUGAUGAGUCUUUUGAAGGGGGUAGAGAAUUUCUUAGGGUCCUAAACGAAUUGGUUAGUGACUAUGAAGAACUUCUAGAUGAUAUACGUUUUAAAGACGUAGAGAAAAUUAAGACAAUAAGUAGCACCUUUAUGGCAGCAUCAGGACUGAAUGAGACAUCACGAGCCCAGAAUAAGCAUCCAUAUGCACACUUGUAUUCACUGAUGGAAUUCUGUACAGAGCUACAUAAAUCUAUAAAGAGGUUUAAUGACAGUAUAUUCAAUUUUGACUUCAUAUUGAAUAUAGGGUAUAACUACGGGGAGGUUACUGCCGGUGUUAUCGGUACCACCAAACUUUUAUACGAUAUUUGGGGAGACACUGUCAAUAUCUCCAGUCGCAUGUACUCGACAGGUGUCCCUGAGAGAAUCCAAGUGCCUGAGGCGACAGCCAAAUUGCUAGGAGACCAGAUGGAGUUUGUGUAUCGUGGAGAGAUCAGUGUUAAAGGCAAGGGUAUGAUGAAAACAUUCCUUUUGCAAAACAUCAAGGAGGGUGCACACUGGGAGUAGACAUUUCAAUGUUAGAAAUUUGUUUUAGUAUUAGCCAGUAUUUGAGUAUUGACCAAAUCAUAUUGACCUUUCUGGUAGAGGUUAUCUGCAUGCUUAAUAAUUCGAGGUUCAAUUGAAAAUAGACCAGAAGGUCAGUUUAGCCUGCAUAUAAAUUAUAAUUAAGGAAAAAAGGUGCAUAUAAAUGAGUGAAAUAUAUCUGAAAAGGCAUAUAGAAUAAGCACAAUAGCUAAAUUAUCAGUGUGAUAGAUGCCGAUAUUAAUGUUUGACUCGACAGGUACUUCAUUAUUGUCUAUACAUUUUGUACUUGAGAAACUUUGUGCAUUAUCUAAAGGUCCCGCUGUCUUUACUGAUAUAAACUGGAAGAAAAAACUGUAACUUUUGCCAGAAAGGUCUCUCUGAAAUAGUUUAUACUAGACAUAAAACAGGAUAUAUUUAUUUAAGCAAAUAGUCCUGUACAUUGAAAUUUUAUAGUUGAUAGGUACACAUACAAAUAAUGUCUGUGUGUUUCAGUGUGAGGUGUUUCUUUCAGGUAGAUAUGGUUAAACAAGUUAUCUCUUUGUUUAAUAGACAUCAUUGAUGCACAGGGUGUAUGUCAAGUCAGGCUGAUGUAUUUUUGAACCAGUGUAUUGUCAAAAUGUCAGCAUGACUGGCAAGCUCUAACCUGCAUACAUAUAUUCAACUUAACAAAGAAAAUUUGUCACCAUGUCGUGUACUAUUUUUUAACCAUUGACAUAUAUAAACAAAAAUUAUUAUUUUUCAAAGUUAUAGUCGUCCGAUCAAGUCAACAUCAUAAUAACAAUAGUUUUACAAAAGUUCUAAUUUUGUAGACUCUCUGUAUAGGGCAAGGAGACAUUGACUAAAACUUUCAUACUUCAUUUUUUGUCAGAAUUAAUUUUAUAGGUAUCAUUACAGAAAAUUAAUAUUUUCUGAAGAUGGCCAGAAGCCCUGUAAAAUACUAAAGUUACCUGCCCUCUGCAGCUCUUGAAUCCUGAUUUCUUCACAUAUUUAGUAUGGCCUGUGUGCUUACAAAGCAAAGUUUAGAAAUCAGUGAAAGAAUCUGGCAUCUGAUGGGUUGUGUCUAGGCAGAACUUUGAAACUUUCCAGUAGCAUGGUUGCUUAGUUAGACUGGUCUCCAAACAAAGUUUGCUGGGAUGGCUCAGUAAAGAAUGUGCAAGACAACCAGUCUGAUGGGUCAUUCAUUUUAUUGUUAAAGAAUUACAUCCCAAAUCUUUUUGUCCUCCUUUUAUGUGUGGUUGGCACUAUUUAGUUAUAUACAUCAAUUUAGUUCACCUCUUUAAAAUCUUAAAUGCUGUAGAAAUGCCUUAGAAAACUGUUGUUGCUGGGAGAAACUUAGACAUGAUAUUAAAUAGACCAUUUAUGAAAUAGGCUAUUUAUAACCAGUGGAUCCUUUUAGGUGUGUGCCAGAUGAAGGAAGUAAUAAAUGCCCUAUUUGCACCAAGAAGGUUGUGUGAUAUUUGUUUCAAGCUGUUAUGUAGAGAUUAUGUCAGUUGUGUCUGUGUAUUGUGUUUUUGAUUCUAAUUUAAACAGUAGAAAUGUUGUAUGGAAAGCAACAUGAUUUGUUGUUGAAAACAUUGGAAUAACUGUGAUAAAUUUUUCUCUCUCGGUUCAUGCUAGUAUGGACCUGCAUACAGGACUGUGAAGGCCUCUGUGGCGGAGUGAUAAGGUUCAUGCUAGUAUGGACCUGCAUACAGGACUGUGAAGGCCUCUGUGGCUGAGUGAUAAGGUUCAUGCUAGUAUGGACCUGCAUACAGGACCGUGAAGGCCUCUGUGGCUGAGUGAUAAGGUUCAUGCUAGUAUGGACCUGCAUACAGGACCGUGAAGGCCUCUGUGGCUGAGUGAUAAGGUUCAUGCUAGUAUGGACCUGCAUACAGGACCGUGAAGGCCUCUGUGGCUGAGUGAUAAAGUUCAUGCUAGUAUGGACCUGCAUACAGGACCGUGAAGGCCUCUGUGGCUGAGUGAUAGGACUGUGAAGGCCUCUGUGGCUGAGUGAUAAGGUUCAUGCUAGUAUGGACCUGCAUACAGGACCGUGAAGGCCUCUGUGGCGGAGUGAUAAGGUUCAUGCUAGUAUGGACCUGCAUACAGGACUGUGAAGGCCUCUGUGGCUGAGUGAUAGGACUGUGAAGGCCUCUGUGGCUGAGUGGUAAGGUUCAUGCUAGUAUGGACCUGCAUACAGGACCGUGAAGGCCUCUGUGGCUGAGUGGUAAGAUUCAUGCUAGUAUGGACCUGCAUACAGGACCGUGAAGGCCUCUGUGGCUGAGUGGUAAGAUUCAUGCUAGUAUGGACCUGCAUACAGGACCGUGAAGGCCUCUGUGGCUGAGUGGUAAGAUUCAUACUAAAACUCAUUUGUCCCUCACCUAUAUAGGUCCCAAGUUCUGCAAAGGCUGUGGUGUGAGGAAGCCAUCCAGCUGGCAACCAAUGAAUUGAAUCCUGAUAUGUGAACUUUUCAAAAUCUGAAUUUCAGCCAGCAUGAAAUUAUAUCUCCAAGCAGGAACUAUUUCCUUAAGGUAAUGGAUGCGUAGUGAAAAUCGAUGAAUUUUCUAUGCAUACUGAGUUUCGUUUUUUAGCUCACCUGUCACAUAGUGACAAGGUGAGCUUUUGUGAUCACACAGCGUCCGUCGUGUAUAGUCUUGUUUUUUUCCCAUAAAAAUCUCUUUUUGUAGCAUAAAAGUUGCAUUGCAAUCCAUAAUAUGUUUUUCUACAUUAGCUACCAACCCCAGUGCACUUUCAUCACCCUAUAGAGAACCACCCCUUUGCUUACUCUGCAUUUACUAUCUUUUGAAUUCAGUGUUGGGAAAAGAAGACAGCUGACUUCAUCAACCUUGAAUGUAUUGAAUUGCAGGUAAAAUGAGCAAUGUUGUUUAAUUUUAGAAAUCAUAUCAGUGAUGCUUGGAAGUAUUGAAUAUUUAUUUUUAAAUAAUUACUCACAAAAUGCAAACAAAUUUUCGGGCAGGUCAGUUUGAUAUUGUAUUCAAAUUAAUUCAUACAAAAAUUUAUCUCAUUUACCAAAUUUAAAAGAUAUGCAAAAAUAUUGUUUAUUGAUUUGGGCAGCAUGGUUGAUUAAUGUGCCCCCUGGAUAUUUAAAACAUGUUGACCGUUUCCAAGAAUAACCAGAAAGGUACAUAAAAUUUGCCCCAGAAUUAUAAAAGUCAUUGGGAAUAAAAGGAUAUAUUUAGUGUUUAUGAUAUGUCUUUGAGCAAGAAAUACAACAUUUGUCUAUGUAUGUCAAGACAAUCCUUUGAGAUAUCUUUGUGACCUUGACCUUUGGUCUUGGUUACCAACAAUUCCUCAUGCAUGUGCACACAUUAAUUAAUGCACAAGAAACUUUUAUAUCCCUAUAUUAAGUGAAAAACAGAUUUAAGUUCCUGCAGUAUAACAGUGUCCAUGUUAAUGUUUGUAACAGCAAUUUGUUUCUUAUCCUUUUUGGAUAAAGUUACUUAUUUAGAAAAAAAUCAAGGAAAUAUGUCUAAAUGAAAGCAAAAUUAUGUCUCUUAGGUGUUCAUCUUGUAACCAGGGCUGACAAACCUUGGUCCUGACCAGGCUUAGUUAUUUGAUUACCAGUUGGGGAUUGUCAUAAAUUUGAUUUACUGUUAAAGUUUUCUUUAGUAUUUAGCAUUUUAAAAAGAAAAGACAUUUUAGAUGUGAUAUUAUGUACAUAAUUUUAAUGCACAUGUUAUAUUUUACAUUUGAAAUAAUAAUACAAUGAAAUAUGUUAAUUAACCAUUCAAAUAUAGUGGAACCUUUCUAUCAAGACAAAUUUCUAGGUAUACUUCUUUAAACUGGCAACCAAUGAAUUGAAUCCUGAUAUGUGAACUUUUCAAAAUCUGAAUUUCAGCCAGCAUGAAAUUAUAUCUCCAAGCAGGAACUAUUUCUUUAAGGUAAUGGAUGCGUAGUGAAAAUCGAUGAAUUUUCUAUGCAUACUGAGUUUCGUUUUUUAGCUCACCUGUCACAUAGUGACAAGGUGAGCUUUUGUGAUCACACAGCGUCCGUCGUCCGUGCAUCUGUCCGUGCGUCCGUCCGUAAACUUUUGCUUGUGACCACUCUAGAGGUCACAUUUUUUGUGGGAUCUUUAUGAAAGUUGGUCAGAAUGUUCAUCUUGAUGAUGUCUAGGUCAAGUUCUGAACUGGGUCGCGUAGCAUCAAAAACUAGGUCAGUAGGUCUGAAAAUAGAAAAACCUUGUGACCUCUCUAGAGGCCAUAUAUUUCACAAGAUCUUCAUGAAAAUUGGUCAGAAUGUUCAUCUUGAUGAUAUCUAGGUCAGGUUCGAAACUGGGUCACUUGCCAUCAAACACUAGGUCAGUAGGUCUAAAAAUAGAAAAACCUUGUGACCUCUCUAGAGGCCAUAUAUUUCAAAAGGUCUUCAUGAAAAGUGGUCAGAACGUUCACCUUGAUGAUAUCUAGGUCAAGUUUGAAACUGGGUCACGUGCCAUCAAAAACUAGGUCAGUAGGUCAAAUAAUAGAAAAACCUUGUGACCUCUCUAGAGGCCAUAUUUUUCAUGGGAUCUGUAUGAAAGUUGGUCUGAAUGUUCAUCUUGAUGAUAUCUAGGUCAAGUUCGAAACUGGGUCACAUGUGGUCAAAAACUAGGUCAGUAGGUCUAAAAAUAGAAAAACCUUGUGACCUCUCUAGAGGCCAUAUAUUUCAUGAGAUCUUCGUGAAAAUUGGUCAGAAUAUUCACCUUGAUAAUAUCUAGGUCAAGUUCGAAAGUGGGUCAGGUGCCAUCAAAAACUAGGUCAGUAGGUCAAAUAAUAGAAAAACCUUGUGACCUCUCUAGAGGCCAUAUUUUUCAUGGGAUCUGUAUGAAAGUUGGUCUGAAUGUUCAUCUUGAUGAUAUCUAGGUUAACUUCGAAAGUGGGUCACGUGCCCUCAAAAACUAGGUCAGUAGGUCAAAUAAUAGAAAAACCUUGUGACCUCUCUUAAAGGCCAUAUUUUUCAUGGGAUCUAUAUGAAAGUUGGUCUGAGUGUUCAUCUUGAUGAUAUCUAGGUCAGAUUCGAAACAGGGUCAUGUGCGGUCAAAAACUAGGUCAUUAGGUCUAAAAAUAGAAAAACCUUGUGACCUCUCUAGAGGCCAUACUUGUGAAUGGAUCUUCAUGAAAAUUGGUCAGAAUGUUCAUCUUGAUGAUAUCUAGGUCAAGUUCGAAAGUGGGUCACGUGUCUUCAAAAAGUAGGUCAGUAGGUAAAAUAAUAAAAAAACCUUGUGACCUCUCUAGAGGCCAUACUUUUCAUGGGAUCUGUAUGAAAGUUGGUCUGAAUGUUCAUCUUGAUGAUAUCUAGGUCAAGUUCGAAACUGGGUCAUGUGCGGUCAAAAACUAGGUCAGUAGGUCUAAAAUUAUUAAAAUCUUUUGACCUCUCUAGAGGCCAUAUUUUUCAAUUGAUCUUCAUGGAAAUUGAUCUGAAUGUUCACCUUGAUGAUAUCUAGGUCAAUUUUGAAACUGGGUCACAUGCGGUCAAAAACUAGGCCAGUAGGUAUAAAAAUAGAAAAACCUUGUGACCUCUCUAGAGGCCAUAUUUUUCAUGAGAUCUUCAUGAAAAUUAGUGAGAAUGUUCACCUUGAUGAUAUCUAGUUAAAGUUCAAAACAGGGUCACGUACCUUCGAAAACUAGGUCAAUAGGUCAAAUAAUAGAAAAACCUUGUGACUUCUCUAGAGACCAUAUUUUUCAAUUGAUUUUCAAUGGAUCUUCAUGAAAAUUGGUCAGAAUUUUUAUCUUGAUAAUAUCUAGGUCAAGUUCAAAACUGGGUCACAUGAGCUCAAAAACUAGGUCACUAUGUCAAAUAAUAGAAAAAACGACGUCAUUCUCAAAACUUGGUCAUGUGGGAAAAGGUGAGCGAUUCAGGACCAUCAUGGUCCUCUUGUUUUUCGUUUCUAUACGGAAAGCCAUAUGGGCAUUCAGCUACAUUUACAUCGGAAGAAUGCUGACUUGCGUAAUGAGGGUACGUAAUCAUACGGAAAAUGCCUAGUGUCAUUACGAGCCCACUACCUUAAAUGAGAAAACAGCUGCUGCUUAGAACACUCAAGUUCAGCUGCUGCUUAGAACACUCAAGUUCAGCUGCUGCUUUAAGAACACACUAGUUCAGCUGCUGCUUAGAACACACUAGUUGAAAAAGCAAACUGUAUGAGAGAAGGAGUCAAGGUUAUAUGUUCUUCAAUAAUCAUAUAGAGCAAAAACUGAUACUUAUAGUUUGAUCUUUUGUUGGAAUAAUACCAAACACUUUGAAUUCUAAAAUUAAUUUUAAGAACGUGUCUACAUGUCAUUCUACAAGAAAGUGUGAUGCUGAAAUUUUAAUUUGAUUUCUUAAUGGAUGUUGUUUAAGAUUUUCUGAAAUACAUUAUUUAGUUUCCAUGUAGAUACCCUUGCAAAUAGCCCUUCAUUCUAGACCACUAGAAAAUAUAUAAUUAGUUAAAUGCAAAGUAAGAUUAACUUUGGAGGAAAGAUUUGAUUUCUAGUACAAUGCUAACAUUUUGACAUUUUAUAUAUUUUACAAGUCUUAUCUUCUACGAGACCUGUCCAAAACUUGUCGGGGUAAUGCAGGUCUCACGGUGAGGUUUCUAUAGGAAAUAGUUGUAUAACCUGCUAAAAGUUGCACUCAUAGAACUGUUUUUAUUGCAUGUUUUUCAUUGAAUUAUAUUAGAGUGACAAUCUGUUAUUUUCACAGUGAAAAUUAACGAAUGUAUUUUUCACUGGUAAGAAACUAUAAAAUGGGUAAAUUUAGUCAAAACAUGAAAUAAAAAGAAAAUUUGUUUGUUUUACAUAUGAAAAAUCAAAAUAUCUUUCACUUAUGAAUACCAUAUUUACUGUUUCAUUUAUGGCUAUGCCGCUGGUGGAAAUAAUGCAUUUUUUGUUCACUCGUAAAAGAUAUUUCGAUCUUACACUGAAACAAACAAAUAUCCUGUAUAACUUAGCAACAACCCAUUCUAAAAUAGAGGAUUUUUACAGUAAUAUUUUGACUCACUUUUCUUUUUAUUUUAUAUCACUGACUACAUAAUUACAACCAUAUUGUUUUGUGAAUUUUUAGCACAUGUAUCUUUCUUGACUGAUUGCAUGUAUGGAUUUUUAGCUCACCUGUCAUGUAAUGACAAGGUGGGCUUUUGUGAUCGUCCGUCCGUCCACAAUUUCUUGUAAACAUGAUAGAGACCACAUUUUGCAAUCAGUUUUAAUCAGAUCUGCACACAACUUGUAUUGGCAUAAUAUCUUUGGUUCCUUUUGAAAACUGGCCAGAUCCCGUCAUGGGUUCCAGAGUUAUGGUCCCUUAAAGGGCAAACAUUUGCUGUUUUGGCUUUUGCACCCAUAUAGAGACUUUUUUUAUGGUUUGAUUUGAUGUAAACUUGCAAAGUAUCUUUAACAACAAUAGAUCUUGGAUUCCAUGAUGAAUCUGUCAGAUCCAGUUGUAGGUUCCUGGAAUUAUGGCUCCUGAUUGACCCCUCAGAGAGACAAAAUUUGUUAAUUUUUACCUUGUGAACACGAUGGAAGUGACAUUUUACAUUCGAUUUUAACCACUCUUACACCCCACUUAAGUCACAAUAGGAUCUCGGCUCCUUUUGAAAACCGGCUAUAUCCCAUCAUAGGUUCUAGAGUUACUGCCCCUGAAAGGAUGUGGAGGAUUCAUUUAUACUUUGAUUUAAUACAAACUUGCACAGAAUGUUUGUCUUGAAGAUCUCUAGGCCAAGUUCGAAACUGGGUCAUGUGUGGUCAAAAACUAGGUCACCACGUCAGAUCAAAGGAAAAGCUUAUUAACACUAUUGAGACCACGUUAAUGACCUUAUCUUCAUGAAACUUCGUCAGAAUGUUUAUCUUGAUGAUUCCUAGGCCAAGUUCGAAACUGGGUUAUGUGGUUUCAAAAACUAGAUCACCUGCUCAAAUCAAAGGAAAAGCUUGUUUACACUCUUGAGGCCACAUUUAUGAUCCAUCUUAAUGAAACUUGGUAAGAAUGUUUAUCUUGAUGAUUCCUAGGCCAAGUUAGAAACUGGGUCAUGUGGGGUCAAAAAAUUGGUAAUGGUCAUGAAACUGGGUAAGAGUGUUUAACUUGAUGAUUCCUAGGCCAAAUUCCAAACUGGGACAUAUGAGGUCAAAAACUAGGUCACCACACAAAUCAAAGGAAAAGCAUGUUAACACUGUAGAGGCCAAAUUUAUAAACCUAUCUUCAUGAAACUUGGUCAGAAUGAAUGUCUUGAUGAUUCCAAGGCCAGGUUUAACAGGUGAGCGAUAUAGGGUCAUCAUGACUUUCUUGUUUAAGUGUUAGAGCUGUUGUUAUUGAUAUAUGUAUUUUAGGUAUAUUUAUGUAAAAGAUUUAUAUAUAUAUAUAUAUAUAUAUAGUUGUUUAUGUUACAUUAUAUGUCAUUUAUACUUCAGUAUAUCACAUGUAGGUUGAUGUAUUUUACUUAUACACUUAGAUUGUAAUACAUUAAAUUAAUAAGGAUUCUAACAACAUUUUAGUUACCAUUUUAUGAAUUAGGAAUCUGUAUUAUAUACAUAUUUCAUGGAGAUGUUGUUGUUAAGAAAGCAAAUAUUUAUAACCUUUUAAGCUGUUGUUUUAACAUAACUUGUAAAAUAUAUAUAUUUAUAUGCCUGUUUUAUUUAGUCCUUUACUUUUGUACAAAAAGUUAAAUUAUGAGUCUUUUUAUACAGUAUUUAAUAAGACCGUUUACAUUUGAUUUCCGAUCAUUCAUUUAUAUCUUUGAUCAUUCAGAUGCAGUAAUGUUUAGAUCGGGAUUACAAAUGUGUUGUAAUUUUUGCAGAAUACUGUUUUGUUUAAAGGCAUUGAAAUAAUACAAAGAAUUUUACCCAUUUUAUAUGUGACACACUUGUAAAAAGCACAUUUUGCACGUUAAGUUUUUCUUUCCUUAAGGGGUAUUAUUCUUGUUUGUUUUUUAAGUGAGUGGAGAAUGUUAUGGGCAUUAGGAAGUGUACAUGGCCUUUUAUUCACUUCAUAUCUUUCUUUACUAAACCAUUUUCUAUUUUUAGGUAUUCAGCAAGCUAUGAGGACAGCCAUUUUGAUCUUUUUAUAUAUGUUACGUUAUCUGUUGCCUGAUUUUUUAUCACUCAUGUUAGAAUUUUAUAGACUCACAGUUGUUUUUUUGUUGAUUUUUUUCAUUCUUUAGAAGUGUUAGGAAUAAUUUUUCAGUUGCAGUGUCGGCCAUAUUGUAUUGAUAUAUAGGGUUGUGGUCAUAAAGUUCUGAUGCUGUAAGACUAUAUCAUAGUGAGAUAAGGUCAUAUGUUAGAUGAGAUAUUGUCCUUUACUCUUGUUUCGUCCCUGACUUUACAGUAAGUUUUAUAUCAAUGCCAUAUGGGAAAAUUCAGCUCAGAUGUUUGUGUGUUUAGAUUUAGGUCUGAACUCCUGUAUAACAAACAUUGUGAGUCAAUCAAUUAUGUGUUUAGCAUAGAAAAUUAAAUUUAGUUAUUGUUGAGAAAGCUAUAUUUAGCUUAUCUAUUUCCUAGGCUUCAAGUAGAAAUAAAUUUUACACAGCAAAAGGUUUUAUUUCUACUUUAGAAUGUUAUCCUUCUUGCAGAAUUUUGUUUUUUUGCUCAAUUAUUUACUUCUAAAUCCAGUUUAAAAUAUUUAAAGUAGUUUAGUAUUCCUGUUUAUAUUAUAGGUAGCUGGUAUACUGUUUAUAUUUGUUGAUGUUAGUAAAUGUUAAUUAACAUCUUGGAGAAAUAAAUUAAUUUUUUUUCUAAGUGAGCUUUAAUUUUGAAUACUUUUAACAUAAGUUUUGCUUACUCCUGAAAAAAAAACCGGAAAAGCUGAUGCUUUACAAUUCAUAAUGAAAGUUUUUAUGUACUUGUGCAUGUGUUAAUUAGUGUUCUUCUAUAGGAUUAAUUAAUGAGCCAUGCCAUGAGAAAACCAACAUAGUGGGUUUGCGACCAGCAUAGAUCCAGACCAGCCUGCGCAUCCGCGCAGUCUGGUCAGGAUCCAUGCUGGUUGCUAAAGGUUUCUCUAAUUGCAAUAGGCUUUGAAAGCGAACAGCAUGGAUCCUGACCAGACUGCGCGGAUGCGCAGGCUGGUCUGGAUCCAUGCUGGUCGCAAACCCACUACGUUGGUUUUCUCAUGGUAUGGCUCAUUUCAUUGUUAUACGUUUUAUAAAUUUACUUAUGCUUUAGACAGAUUCUUUUCUUUUGAUAAUUUAGUAAAUAAUAAUGAAAUGUUCAACAAUUUGCUGUAUAAUGUUGAUUGACAAUGAAAUUAGGAGUCAUCGCAAGCCAUCAUCAUUUUACAGUAAGCAUGUCGGGUCCUAAAUACAGCCAUGGUGGUAAGCAAGGAAUGGUUUCUGUUGACAGACUGAAGUGCAGAAAACAUUCUGAAAAAUUACUUGACUGAAUAACUUACAUGAAAGGUGUUAGCUAAACCCUAACCAACAUUCACCAAUUGUCUGUUUCCUGAUGAAAAUUAAUGUAUUUCUGUUUCCAUCUGCGAUGCAUGUUUUAUUUACUAAAACAUAUCAGCAUAAACUGUUCAGAAAUACUAAGAGAGAUUUGAUGGUUAGCUCACAAUGCUAAAUAUUUAUUUCUUUCUCUUGCUUUUCUUUUAUUUCACUAAGUUGCCUCAGAUUUGAAUUGACAUGUUAAUCUUAAAGUACAGCAUGAAUAGAAAUUGCAUGAUGAUUAAACAAUUGAAGUUUUUAUCUAUUUUCUAGCAAGCAUUCUGUUUAUAAUAAUAUUUUUUGGGAUUAAAUAUCUUGAUAGGGAUUAAACAGUCUGUUGUUUUAGAAUUUCAUGAAUUUUAGGUAUACAUAUUUAAUUUUUUUUUUUUACUUAUAUAUGUAUUAGAUUUUUUUUGUGAGGUAUUUUGUCAUGUGUUGUUUUUCAUUAGGUCACUGUGUGUUGCUGUCAGCUUAUAGUAUUUGAAUAAAGUGAUCUUAGAUUUA